AAUAAUACUAAAUAACACGAACCUGUAAGUCGGCCAUCUUGCAAAUUCGUCUUACCACUUAGCCGGAAAAGAGGAUUACACAUACAGUAAAACAUGGCUAAUCCAUCAACCGGUGUUCUAGGUCAGCUAAAAGAUCGUAUGAAUAAACUGAAAACAGAAUGUGAAGAAUAUCGUCAAAUGUACGAAGACGUUUGCGCUGAGAUGAAGAAGAAGGAAGAGAAGUGCAAUGAAUUGGAAAAUGAGAAUAUGUCGUUGAAAAGAACUCUUGGAAGAGUUGAAGAAGAGGCAACACAGUACGAAAAGCGUCUGCAAACAACUACUGAAAAAUUGCAGGAGGUUACUAACGCUGUAGAUGAGAGCGAAAGAAACAAUCGGACAGCGUCUGCACAACGCGAUCAAGCCGAGAGUAGGUCUAUGGAGUUUGAAGAGAGGUGGCGCCUAGCUGAAACCGAUAAGCAUAAUGCGGAAAAAAAGCUAGAGGAGGUCGCCUGCAGAUUGAAGAGUACUGAAGAAUCACUCAUGCAACAAGAAUCGAAGGCUGACUCGGCUGAAAGUAAAAUUAAAGAUCUGGAACGUGAACUUCACGGAUUAAGUUCUAGCUUGAGAUCUUUAGAAAUUGGAGAAGAAAAAGCUAUGAAAAAGGAGAAUUACUAUGAAGAAACGCUUAGAGAUUGGAAGUGUAGAUUGAAAGAGUCUGAUGCGCAUAACGAAAUGCUUGAAAGACAAGUUACACAACAACAACGACAGAUUGACCGCUUAGAUGAGGAACUAAUUAGAGAAAAACAAGAAUACAAAAAACUUAAGGAAGAAUGGGACCGGCUCUCAAGUGAAAUUGAUAAUAUUUAA